GCUGGUGAACGAGGGCACGACGCUGCAGUUCGUGCACCGGACCGAGGUGGAAGACGUGCCAACGGCCAUCUGCCCGUAUCAGGGCCGUGCGCUCAUCAGCGUCGGCAAACUGCUGCGCAUCUACGACCUGGGCAAGAAAAAGAUGCUCAGAAAGUGCGAAAACAAGAGCAUCCCGAACCACAUCGUCAGCAUCCAGGCGCUGGGUCAGCGCGUGUACGUGGCGGACGUGCAGGAGUCCGUGUUUUUCGUGCGCUACAAGCGCCAGGAAAACCAGCUGAUCCUGUUCGCCGACGACACGAACCACCGCUGGGUGACGGCCACCUGUCUGCUCGACUACGACACGGUGGCGGCGGCGGACAAGUUCGGGAACGUGGCCGUGCUGCGUCUGCCCACCGGCACCAACGACGACGUGGACGAGGACCCGACAGGCAACAAGGCGCUGUGGGACCGCGGUCUGCUGGGCGGUGCCUCGCAAAAGGCCGACGUCCUCUGCCAGUUCCACAUCGGCGAGACGGUGCUCUCGCUGCAGAGGGCGACGCUGAUCCCGGGCGGCAGCGAGUCUCUCGUGUACACCACCAUCUCAGGCACGAUCGGCGUACUGGUGCCGUUCACUUCGCACGAGGACAUGGACUUCUUCCAGCACCUGGAGAUGCACAUGCGCUCGGAGAACGCGCCGCUGUGCGGCCGCGACCACCUCUCAUUCCGCAGCUACUACUUCCCCGUCAAGAACGUGCUGGACGGCGACAUGUGCGAACAGUACAACACAAUCGACAUGGCCAAGCAGAAGUCGAUCGCCGAAGACCUGGACCGCACCUCGAGCGAAGUGUCCAAGAAGCUUGAGGACAUCCGGACCCGCUACGCUUUCUAAGUGGCGGCGUCUGUCCCGUCGAUGGUGUCCGGGGUGUUUGUGGCGGCAGAUAUCCCAGCUUGCGGUGGUCGAGGAUGUGCUGGCUUUUCGU